AUGGAAUUCUCAAACGGUGCUCUCAAGGCCGAGACCCAGGAGUCGGUCUUGGCCGGUUCUCGAGUGAAGAUCUGGUCAGACAGCCGUGAUCGCAAGGGCUUCAAAGGGGCCAUGGCAGAGCAGGUAAGGGAUGUGUAUGGCCUGUCCAAGUUGGUAAAACCGUCAUGGGGCGACGACACAUGGAUAUUGGACGUUGGUGGCAACUUGGGCAUCACAGCCAUUCAUCUGCACAUUCGAGCACCCAAGUCCAAACUGCUGACCCUGGAGCCGAGCCCAUGGAACUACAUCUUGCUGCGGCUGAACCUGUUGCAGAACUUGGAGGCUGCUGGUCAGACCGUGUUCGCUUUGCAUGGAGGCUUCUCUGCAACGCCCGGCACCUUGCAUGGAACCCACAUGUUCACGAACGCAUGGGGCUCCAGGAACGAUGACAUCUUCCAGCCCCACAGGUCCAUCAAAGGAGAAUUGAGCAAGCAUGAGCUUGGUCACUUUACCGCUCCGCUUCGGACACUAGAGGAAGUUAAGGCAAUUAUGGUAUCAAGCAUAUCAGGCUGA